ACACACCAGUCCCCUUCUCCUCGAACACGACCCGAAAACGCCACACGCCACACGCAUCCUGGACUGACCACCAUCCCCAUCCCCAUCCCCGUCUCUAUCAUCCUAGAACUGCCUAUCCUCACGUUCACGUUUAUGCUCAUACGUAUACGUAACCCACUACGCCGUAGACAAGGACACUUAAUCGACCACAUAUACUGUAUGUCAUUGUGUAGGAGCUGA